AUGUCUAUGGAUAGAGAGGAAACUGUUAAUCAUGGGUAUAGUCAAGUUCGGCAGUUGAUUGAUCCAUUAAAGUCUAAUAUGCAAAAUAAUAGCAAUAGCUUUAAUGGUAAUAAUGUUAAUGGUCUAAGCAAUGCCCACAAAAGUAAUAGCGAUAUCUCAAUAUCGAAUACAAGCAUGGAUGAAUCAAGUUCUAAUCAAACCACAGUGAAUGAUUAUGAAUCCAACGGUGAUUCAAAUUCUAUAAUAUUCAAAAAUAACCAUCGCACCAAAUUAACAAGUCAAGAUGUGAGGCUAAUCUUAUACUUAACUAUUAAUAUCAAGCCAUUCAAAUAUGUUGGUGAUAGAUCACUUAGUCAAACAAAGAAAUGGGAAAUAAUUCAAACAAAGUUUGCGGAGAUUAAACGCAAAAAUUCUGACGGAUAUCCAGAAGUGAUUGUGCCCACAGUAAGGACUUUGCAACGGCAGUUAGCUACAGCUAUCAAAAAGGCUAAGCUGAGGCGACAGAAUAAUAAAAGUAAUAAAGAAAAUAAAAAUUUGGACUCUUCAUACUUCAUAUUAAGUACGAUUAACAAAGAAAGUUCCUUGAAUGAUUUAGAACUAGCAUUACUAGAAUUAAACGACCUCAGUGAAAAGUUGAAAACUGGAAAAGGGACAAAUACGCCUGUUGCUAUUGAAUUACCUAAUGCUAGUAUCCUACAAUCAUUUGAUUUGAAUAAAUCAAUUACAUCACCAAUUGAAACUUCCGAUGUUUCUGCGAAUAUACCCACUACCAAUUCUACAUCAAAUAACGCACAAUUUGCUACCUCAUCUACACGUUUAUCUUCAAAAUCCAACAGUUUAGUUCUGAAUGUUAAUAAUACUUAUAAUAAUAUUCGAAAGAUCAUGAGCGAUAGUAGCUCUUCCUACUCCCAGCAAAAUCUAUAUGAGUCAUUAGAAAAGCUACUUAAUGAAUAUACUGAGUUUCAAAUUCAGCAACAAAAGGAAAAUACUAGAAUUAUAGAAGACAAUAUAAAAUUUAUAAAGGAGCAAAAUGAGAGGUGCAAUAAAAUAAUUGAAUCAAAUAAUAAAUUUCAAAAGGAACAGAAUGAUUUAAAUAAGCAGUUGAUAUUAGAAGUUAUAAAUACGCUAUCUCAAGAUUCAAAUUCUUCAAUAUCGAACAAAUCUGCGCUUAAACCAUUCCAUGAUUUAUUAUAA